AUGACCGGAAUAGCAAUUUUUGAAGAUCUUACGAAGAUGGACAAAUGGUUAUUAGAUCAGGCACGUGAAGUAUUGGCUGAUGAAGAUAAAACAUAUGUCGUGGUGGUAGAACCAGAUUGGAUUGAUAUGAAUGAUUAUACUGAGCAUUUAGAUGCAGUUUUGACUGAGUUUAGAAGUAAUACAUGUUAUAAGAAUGCUGAUAUUAUUCAGUUGGGAGACUUUAACGCUCAUAACUUCGAUUGGUGUCCUACUAAACCUUCCACUUCUCAAGGGAAAAUUUUACGUUUAUUCAGUGAAAGUGUACAAUUGUACCAGAUAACUGAAAAGCCUACGAGACCAAAAUCAGCAACGUGUUUAGAUUUAAUUUUUGUUGAUAACUUGAACUUAGUUAAGGAAUUAGAGAUUUUACCUGAGCUAGCUUCCACUUGUGAUCAUAAUGUUUUGAAAUUAAACCUUAACUUACUCCAACCCACAGUUACACAGCAUGAUAAGACUAUGUACGAGUAUCGGAAUGCAAAUUGGAGUGAAUUUCGCAGCAAACUGGCGGAUAUUAAUUGGAUGAAUCUUAUUUCAGGAAUGAGUCUUGAUGAUGGUGCCGUGGUUAUAGAAAAAAUGAUAUCACAAAUUGCAGAUUCAAUCAUUCCACAUAAAAGUGUUACCGUUAAGUCUAGUGACUGUCCAUGGUUUAAUGAUAGGUUAAGAGAACUGCUAAAAAGGAAACAUGAGUUAUAUAGGGCACAUUGUAAGUUCAACACUGCAAGCACGGCUGCGAAAUCCCGAAAUGUAUCUAAAGAAUUUGAUAGAGCUUGUAAGUUGGUGAAAAAGGAGUAUUAUCAGAAAUUAUCAAGAGAGAUGAACUGUUCGUCAAAAUCAUGGUGGCGUUUGGUUAAAAAUACGCUGAAUAAAGGAAAACGUAGUUCUAUACCACCGCUUCUAGAUGCGAAUUCAAACGAGCAGUUAACUGAUCCUAAGCAGAAAGCUGAACUUUUAAAUCAACAUUUUGCUGCGGUUUGUUCGAUGCCGAUCACAGAAGCGAAUGAUGUUCCAACAGUAAUUCCAACGCAAAGUAAAUUUGCAAUGUCAAGCUUUACUGUUUUGGAAACCGAGGUAUUUGAGCUGUUGGCUAAAGUUGAUUGUAACAAGGCCAGCGCGCCGGGGUUGUCAGCUAGAAUUGUUCGAGAAGCGGCUCCGAUUAUAUCACCUAUCAUCACUUAUUUAUUUAAUGAAUCGUUAAAACAAGAAUUGUUCCCUCAAAAGUGGAAAACGGGCUAUGUUACUGCAAUUUUUAAGUCCGGUAAUCCACAUGAAGUAAAUAACUAUCGACCAAUAACACUACUGCCGAUUAUUUCUAAGGUAUUUGAGCGAUUAAUUUAUCGUAAAGUGUAUGGUUAUUUAACUAAGUAUCAACUGUUAAGUGCUAAUCAGUCUGGUUUUAGACAUGGAGACUCGACUGUCAAUCAACUGAUUGCAAUUGUUCAUGAAAUUUUGUUAGCGUUUGAUAAGAGUGAGAGAGUUUUGAGCGUUUUUUUUGAUUUUCAAAAGGCAUUUGAUACCGUUUGGCAUAAAGGAUUGUUGACGAAGUUAAAAGCGAAAGGCAUACCUCAGUCCUUAGUGAAUUGGUUCGAUAGUUAUCUUCAUGGGAGAGACAUUAUAACAACUGUUGAUGGUUUUGUGUCAUCAAAAAGAAAUGUCAAUCGAGGGGUACCCCAAGGCUCUGUCUUGGGACCCUACUAUUUUUAA